AUGACAACAGUCAUCGACCUGCCGGCAGAGUUGCGCAACAAAAUCUACGAACAGCUCCUUCACGGGUGCCAUCCUCAGCGAACACAUGCUGCUUUGUCACUCUUCAACGUCUCGAAGCAAGUUAGUCACGAGUCCACAUCAUACUUCCACCAACAUAAUGCCUUCGCCUUCACCGCCUCCUCACCCGCAAACGACAGCGCCACCAUCCUUCCUCCCAUUGCUGAUAAGUGGCUACGGUAUCUCCGUCGGCUCGCCGUAUAUGCUACGACCGCUGGAGCGGACUCGGAAAGGGAAAGGAAACUAGCUAGCACCCUCGCAUCCCUAGCUACUAUCGGUGCAAAGUUCGAGGAUCUCUACAUUCACAUUGAUUCCUCACUGUCAAGGCUCGCCAAUUCUCGUGUGGACGACUCUGUUCUGCACGCGCAACAUCCAAUCACGAUAGCUUUACGACAACUGCUCGACGCCAAUGUUGUGAAAGCCAUUCGCCUCGAACUUCACGGCAUUUGGUUUGCACCCGGUGUUGGCCAAGACCUCCACGCUCAAUACGGCACCCAGCUUCAGUUCGUUGCUGGGAGGAAGCCUGUCAUGGAUCCAUCUAUCUUGGAAAAGUUCCUCACUGGCUCUUUUGUAAGCUCCCAUCUGACCACCCUAGGUGUCGAAGAUGAUGUCAUUGUUAGCGCAUCCUCCUCCGGCGAUGAAUCCACUCCUAGUACGCCAAAUUCUCUUCCAUCCUCUGUCUGUUCGGUAUUCCAAGAUCUAGACAUGUUCUCCGUCACGUCGUUCGAACUCAACUCAGACGCCACUGCUGACGACGAAGAGUCGAGAGAUGACGCAAACGAGAGCUCGUUUUUCGCCGAGGUUGAUAUUGAAGAGUGGGAGACCUCCACACUGGCGAUCGAGCAAGAAGAAUUGCAGGAUCAGGCUGAUGUGGAACUUGAUGAGGAUGAAGACUACGAGAUGGAAGAAGUAUUGCAGGAUGAUAUGGAUGCAAUCAUGGGCAACAUGGAGGAUGCUGCUCAACACAUUGCGAAUGAUAUCGACAUGUCAUACAUGACUAACUUUGCGCCUGACCUGCUCUUGCGUCAACAUAAUCUUAGUCACUUGACAUGA